UGUUUGGUAACUCCGGAGGCGUGUUUAACUUCCUGCUGCAGCAGCAGGAGACAUGCCGGUACCGAGCCGUUAACCGGUCAUAACCGCUCAUAACGCCGCUGUGACCGUUAGCCCGGCUGCUGGUUCCGUGCUAGAAGAUGUCCCGGGUCCUGAUAGUCGGAGCGGGCCUGACGGGCAGCUUGUGCGCAUGUCUGCUGAGGAGAGAGCUGCAGAGCAAAGUGCACAUAGAGGUGUGGGACAAGGCGAGGGGCGCAGGUGGCAGGAUGUCCACCAGUCGUCCUCCAGACUCUCUGUCUCACUCAGCUGACCUCGGAGCUCAGUACGUCACCGCCACGUCUGCCUACGCUCAAUCUCACCACAGCCUGUACUCAGAGCUUCAGUCCUGUGGCGUGCUACAACCUCUGGACGCUCCGAUUGAAGGACUGAAACACAAAGAUGGCAGCAAAGACUACAUGACGCCACUGGGCAUGGGCAGUCUGGUCAAACACUUCCUGUCUCAGUCAGGAGCUGAUUUGUCCCUGGAGCGUCAUGUGACCGGCGUGUUCCUGCGUGGUGCAUCAUGGGAGGUCCAGAGGACGGCGGGGGACAGCGAGCUGUUUGACGCCGUGGUCCUGACGAUGCCGGUCCCUCAGAUCCUGCAGCUGCAGGGAGACCUGGGACGCCUGCUGUCUGUCCAGCAGCAGCAGCAGUUAGACGGGGUGUCGUACUCGUCUCGUUUCGCCGUCGCUCUCUUCUUCCCUCCGGACGCCGUCUUCAGUUUCUCCUGGGGAGCUAGAUACGUCUCCUCCAACCGCUGCAUCUGCUACAUCAGCAACGAGCCGGGGAAACGCAACGCAGACUCUCCUGGUCUGGGUCCGUCCCUGGUGGUCCACACCAGCGUCCCGUUUGGCGUGGAGCACCUGGAGCAGGACAAGGAGGAGGUGCAGCCAAUCAUCUUGAAGGAGCUCUACCAGCUGCUUCCUGAUCUGCCUCAGCCAAUCAGCAUCAAGUGUCACAAGUGGCGUUACUCCCAGGUGCUGACCAGCGUGCCGGACUGUCCCGGUCACAUGACCGUCCAUGACCAGCCGCCACUCGUCCUCGCCGGCGACGCCUUCGUCCACUCGAACUUUGACGGCUGCGUGGAGUCGGCGCUGAGCGUGCUGCCCGCGCUGACGGCCGCGCUGCCACGCUGAUCCUCAACCACCAAUCACAACCACAACAUCUGGGAUUAACCACAUUAACCCAUUGAAGCCUGGACAGCAGAUACGUCGUUUUGUAGUAUUUGUAUAAGCUCUCAAAUACUUUAUGAAUUUCAUUUCUAUCUGCUACAGAGGCUGAAAAAUCUAUUAUUUAGUAGAA